AUGGCGGCUUCGUCCUCCUUCUUUUUGUGGGUCAGUUUUAUUUCUCUUUUACUGUGUUGCUGUUCCUAUAAAGCCUUUCCAGUUCCUGUUUUUAUAUGGUCUAAAGAUAGGUAAGUAUUAUUAUCGCCCUUUCGUUGAAAUAAAUCAUCAUUUUACGGUAAAUUCGUUCGAUGGAAUUUGUUGCGGGUUUUGACAUUCUCUGCUGUAAGUUUAUAAAUCUUGACAAGACAGCUGUUUUUCACGCAAGACAGGUGAUUCUGAAACAUUUUCUGAAAAAACUAGUUAUAAAAUACUGCUGUUCAAUAUCGUAUUCUUUAAUCAGCUAUCAAAGUUACCACUUAUUUGGUAAGUCUUUACUUUUGAUAGUGGACGUCUAGAGCUAAAUCGUGUAUAAAAAUUCAAUCAAUGUUUAUGUAUGCCUUUUGUUUAAUAUUAGCAGAACUCUGUAAAACAGAAAGUGAACAUCGAUUCGUUUAGUUUUUCUUCAAAUUUUUGCUCUCUUUUUCCUAGUGAAUUGAGCAGUUCUACUCCAGUAUUGGCAGGCCAUACAUUAAAAGAAUGGGAUUUCCGAGAGAAAUAUCUAAAUAAAUUAUUCCAAACUCCUCAAGUCGUUAGUGUUUUUCUGCAAGACAGGGUAAGUAAGAGAGUUAACGGCUUUGAGUGCAGACUGUAAAAGUUUCUGUGUAAUCCUUUCUCAAUACAAACCCAGCAGUCUGGUAACAAACUUUUUAAGUUGGUUGCCCUUCUGGAAACAAAGCCUCACAAUCCAGUUUCCCGAGGAAGAAUAUGAGUUGCCCAAAAUAUUUUGGUGUAAACAAAUUAAUUAAUGCUAUAUCUGCAAAACAGGAUCCUUUUUAUUAACUUUAUUAUAUUCGUGUUCCAAGUUAUCAGAGAAUAAAUAAGGAUGAUACUUUCUCCUUGUAAAGCCAAAUUGCAAUAGGUUUGAACUUAAAAUAAUUUUUUUCAUUCAUGAUUGAAAUCCUCAUGGUAAGAAAAUUUUUUUUAAAAUAAUGCACAUGUAGAAUCAUUUCCUGUUACAACUUGUCUAGCCACAUCUAGACAAACUGACACACGUCACCCUUGCAGAACAGAAAAUGGUUGGAGUUCAGUACUACAUUUAAUCACAUUUUUUGUGUUUUACUCAAUGAAUAUCACCAAAUAUUUUGUAGAAUAAAAUAUUAAGCAGAAUUUUAAUCUAAACAAUGCACAAAAUCUAACAUUUUGAAGGUGCUAACACAAACUGACCUACGUGGCAAAUGCAACAGUUUCUCUAGAAGAUUUGUCUAACUGAAAAAGAAUGUGAAACUCAGGUUUUCACUUGUAGGAGGAGGGUUAUUCAGGGCUGUCAAAAAGCUCUAAAAUAGAAGGCUUAUAAUGAGUAGUAGGCAGCUUUGGAACUUGUGCCGAACAAGUUUGCCAGGGCCAGAGGCUGGAGAUUCUAAGGGGGUCUGGGGGCAUUACCCCUGGAAAAUUUGGAAAGUUAAAGUCUUCUCAGAAAUGGCAUUUCCAGGGGUUUUAAACGCAUAUUUUCCUCUGAACAAAUGUGCUCAGUAACGCUUGCUUCUUCGCUCCAGAGACCAUGUUGAUUUUUCAGAUUACAUGCAAUCCUGGAAACUAAUGUCCCAGACAUUCCAUGACAUUUGUAUGCUUCAAACUUGAGUUUUACAGACCUAAACCUGUUAAAAUAUGCAUUAAGUACCACUCAAAACUAGGAAAUGUAUGCUCUACAAAUUCAUUCGAUAGUACUUUACUUUUUCUUUAUAGCUCUUAUGGUAGAAGGAUAUGAAAGUAGCUGGCUAAAGAUGGCUAACUAUGUAGCUGGCGGUUUUGGCCGGCUACUGGCCCUUAAUGACAGCCCUGCUUAUUUUGCCUAUAAAGAUUCUUCUUUUUUUGCAGCUCAGUAUUGAUGAUAUAACUCAUUAUGGUGAUGCAUACAGUGCUGGAAAUCAUGGGGCAGCUUUCUCUAACCUUAAGGCUGCUAUGGAGACUGCCAAUUCAUCUGCCGUUCUCCCUUCAGUAGAACUGUCAUCUUCUGGAGGAAAUUCUGAUGAGUUAGUUUACUUGAUCAGAAAAAUGGCUACUGGCAAUGUCCAAGAGUUUACACAAGAAGGUAACUUAGUGUGUAUGUGCCAUCAGAAGGGGAGGAAUUGGACAGCUAGAAAGUCCUUUUGGUUCUAUUUUUCUUUUGUUUUUAUGUAAGUAGCCAGGGGUUAUGCCUAUGUUCACCAGGGAAAAUACCUGACGCCAGCCUCUUAGCCUCUUGCAUGUGCUUGUAUAUAUUCUGUUGACUGGUUACUGUGUUUUCCUUAAUUUUAGAGGCUGGAAACUUUAAUAUUGGGGAAUUUUCUUUGGAUCAUGAAAAGACCAAUGUUUUUAUCUUCCAUUUACGUCCUGCUUCAUUGAGGUUUGUGUGUGUUUAAAAGUAAGAUUAAUAUUUAAUGCAUAAAUAGAAAACAAAUCAAUUUUUUACAAAAGCUGCUUGAGUUUAACUGACAAUCUAUUAUAUUUUUUUCCAAUCUUAUAGUGCCCCAGAGGAAAUUUUUGCCCUGAACGGUAAGUUACUUGAGGAAGGGGUUUCUAAGAUCAUAGAUUAUUCUUUAUUGCUGAUCACCUACGUGCAUGAAAUAGCCUUAUUUCAAAAAAAAUAAAUAUAAAUAAUGGACAAGGAAAGCAGAAAUGUAAAGAAAAGUAGUGACAAACAAGACAAUAGUUGAGGGCUACUUGUGUAGAGCAAACAAUAAAUAAAUUAUGAAAUUAUUAUUAAUAUGAAGAAAGACAAAAUUAUUGGUCACAAGUGUUUGCAGCCAAGUGCAAAGUGUAUUUUAGUUUACACGUACACUUCAGUUUAUGCAUGUAUUACAGUCUGCAACUCUACAGCAUUGGUAACCAACUUUUUUUUCACAGUUAAUAUUAUUAACUUUAAAUGUGCUCAUACAUGUACAUGUGUCUAGAUAUUCCUACUUUUUCUUGGUCUGUCCCUCAUUUUUCUUUUUUCAAGGAUUAUUAAGCCUCAUUUACAUGCAACUUAUUUUUUUCUGAAAUUGGUGUAUUCUUAUAGGCAUAAAAACAGAACUUGAAACACCCCUGAAUUAAAAACAGUGCAUCCAUCUUAAUGGCUUUGGCUAUCUGUUGAGAAUAUUCAGUGUACUGUAUAUUAUCCGUUCCAACAAGAGCGGGAACCAUGAAAAAGGCUACUUGUUUUCUGCUUCGAGCACAACAAAGUGAACUACAACAACAUUUCUACAUGUAAAUGUAAAAUCUGCCUGUUUGAUGCAAUAAGUAUUACAAUGUUAGUAGUGUAAACAGUUUCUGAAAACUGUGUAUCUUAUAUGAACAUGUUGUAUCUAAUUCAAAAUUUUUCAUCAGAUAAACUCAUUGGGUCAGUUACCAAGCAGCUCUCUUCUUCUGGUUUGCCAUAUUCAUGCAUUUUGACAGCAGCAGCCCCAAGUCAGGUGAGAAUAUAUGUAUAAUACUUAAACAUUCUCAAAAUACAUUCAUUCCUGUUCCUUCUGUCUAUGAUAGUGUGAGUUAAAAAUGUCAAACAACAACAACAACAAAAAAAAAUGAAACUUUCAUGUGUAAGACUUUGUUUUGUGAAAUUUGAUAUUUAUUUCUCAGGCUCUCAUAAGAAUUAAUUUUCUUUGGUGUUAUUACAUAUAACUAAUUACAUCUAUAGCCCUUGAAAAAUGUAAAAAGGAAUGCAAUAUUGUUAUUAUUCUGGUAUAAGGUUUUUGUCCGCUGAAAAUUAAAAUUACUCAGUUUCCUGAUGGAUUCUGUCUUAAUCCCUUGCUUUCUAACCAACUUCCUUAUAACAAAAUCUCGUCUGAGUUUAAGUAACACAGAAAUCCUAUGUGAGGAACAUUUAAAGUUUUAAACUUUUCUUGGCUAUUAUUUGCAAGUCUUGUGAUAGGUCAAAAUCUUUUAACACAAAAAAAAAACUCCCCUUUUAAAGGAGUUAAACUAUAUUUUAUUUUGUAGACUGCCUUUCUGUAGGUUAAUGUAUUCUAUGUGUGAAAAUGAAACAUUCCUAUGGGAGGAAAGCGUAUUACGCCAUAACAAAAGAAAUUGCUUCCCUUCUUACCCGGAUUAUUACUUAAGCCAUUACCUUUGAAUUGAACAUUCUGAGGGCAUUUAUUUCGUUUUCGUAAUUAAAUAAUUAAGUAACUAGAAAUCACCGGUAGUGAGCUACAGUUGAACCUCUCGUCAGUGGCCACCUUGGGGACAGAAAGGAAAGAAAGUGGCCAUUGCAGUGUGGUGACUGUUGUAGAGAGGUUUAAACAAGAGUCAAUGUAUGGACUGUCCGCCAAAAAAGUGGCCAUUGUAGAGAGGUUUAAACAAGAGUCUAUGUAUGGAUUGUCCGCUGGAAGAAAGUAGCAAUUGUAGAGAGGUUUAAACAAGAGUCAUUGUGUGGACUUUCUGCUAAAAAAAAGUGGCCAUUGUAGAGAGGUUUAAACAAGAGUCAAUGUACCCAUGUAUGGACUGUCCACCCUAAGAAGUGACCAUUGUAGAGAGGUGGCCGUUAGUGGUGGUUCGACUCUCAAUUAACUGCAAUGAAAACAGCAGUAUAAAUAUCUCUAAUAAAGUGAAUUUGGUUUUUUCAGUGUUCACUACAAAAAAUAUUAGUCUAACUUGCUCCAUUUAUCACAUGUGGGCAAAUUUCCCUGGAUUCUUAUAAUUUGGUAAGAAAGGGAAACUAACUGUCAUGCAGUCUUGUCCUCCAUAAAAAUAAUGUCAAAAGAUUUUUAAAUGGCCCUUACUAGUUACUAAUUAAAACUGUAAAAAGUUACAUCAAACAGUUCUUCAUGUUAUGUUAUCUUUUUAGGCUGUUCAGGAAAGGCAGCUGUUAGAGGAGAGGUCUACUAUUGCCCAUGAUCGACUACGGAGGGCUGUAGAGUCUGUAACUUAUGAAUCUUCAAAGCUCGUAAAUAGAAGCCUGUUUGUUAACGCGGAUUGUAUUCUAUUGUACUCAAAAGGACUUACGUUUAAACAUGCAAAUGGAACGUAUGAUAUCUUCAACAUGACAAAUCAGUACACCGCAUCUUCAAAUUGCAAAGAAAAAAAUUCUACUGAUAGGUAGGAUUAAUAAUAAUAAUUAUUAAUGUUGAUAAUCAUUGGGUACUAAUACUUCAGAUGCUGGGCCUUUCUAUGGGUAAUUCCAACGAAAUCAAAGUCGCAAUAUUGCUGUUGAAUGAUGAUGACCUUAGACAUUUAUACAAUGAUUAACUUGUGAACAAACUAUGUGGUGGAUCUAACGGUGGUUCUUUAAAUUUGUGUUGAAGUAGAUUUUAGUUUUGUUUUAGAAGCACAGAUUUUUAUAUUUUUUAAAACAGACAGCAGUUUGAACAUUUUAAUUUUUUAAUUACUGUAAAUCAGUUUUGUUAAAAACUGAUUUCUCACUGUUUCAAAAUAUAGAUAUUUCUUUUUCAUUUUUGAGCUUACUGGCUCAUAGCCAGUUGAGGCUCAAUGCUAUUGUGGGCAUAAGAAUGAAUGAAUGAAUGAUGUUAAGAUCAUUUCUAUUGUUCUGGGGUAUGUGUAGUAACGCUGACCUUCAGAGCCGAAGGGAAAAGGGCUCAAUACCUGUUAUCACCUUUUUUUUACUCUGUUUUAUAAAGCGUUUUUUUUGACGAGGAGGAAUUUGAUACUGAUCAUUCUUAGGGCUUUUUAAAAAGUUUAAAUCAGAUAAAAUCAGCAUGCAAAGAAAGUCGUGUCCAAUAGCCUGGGGCUAGUGGAUUUUGCUAUCGGGUGAUAUUUGUUUUUAACUUGCCUGACAGGCAAGUGCUGUUUUUUGGGGAAAUUCAAAUUACAGACGGAUUGUAAUCAAUCUUGCUAAUCAAAAAGGGUUUUGGAAUGACUUGUGGGCUAGUACAUGCUAGCUACAGCUUGCCCGAAUGGCAUGCUGUAAAACUGACUUUCUUUACACCCUGUAAAAUGCCCCAUUAUAUUUAAAACAUAAGCUGUUUGUGUUCGUGAGGAAUGGUCUUUCAAAUAUCAUAUUACAGGAAAGUGUUCUGUUUUGACUCAUGAUAAGUCUCAAAUUGGUUUAACCAAAAUUAAUUUCUUUGCUAUUUCUAUCCAUUUGUAAUAACUGCUUUAUGUGUUGAUUGACUUUUACUAGUAAUGAAUAUUUUUUAAUUGUUGGUAUUGUUAACAAUUGAAAAUCUUAAUGUCGGAGAGUGCAAACAUGAAUCUGUCACUGUUAGUAUGCAAACAUUCAUUUUAAAUGUCACAAAUUUGCAUAAUUUCUAAACAAAUGACAUUUUAAAAAUUUUAUCUUAUGGUAAUUUCAUUACAACAUUUGCGUGCCUAAUCUUGGCAAAAAAUUACAAUAGUUCCAGAACCAUAUCUUUGAAAGUUUUAACAGCUACUUUGCCUGUGGCUGCCCAACCAACCUUAAUUGCUAUAAAGCACUUAUAGCAUGUAACAGAUAGUGAAAGAAAGUGAACAUGUCGAUUAGAAGUCGCUACACAAUGUGACUGCCUCGAAGAACGAUUUUGUUUUGCAAGCACGUGAUUUUUGUACAGACUAUUCAAUGCCAGUAAGCUCAUGUCCUCUCUGACGACUAUUGUUUCUAAAUCUCGGUGAAGUUUCCUCAAAUUGACUCCCUACGGAUUGUGUCCAAGCUCGGAAAAACAUGCGAUGAAAGCAGCAUCUGUGGCAACCCAUGGAGAGGCUUGAUGCUCUUAUAAGCUACUGCUUUAAAUAGCACUCCCCAACCCAAUGGUGCUCAAAUAAAGUGAUUAUACAAAAUUGAGGUUGAUUAGAAGAAGCAAUAACAGGACAUUAGAAGCAAAUGCAAAUUUGUGCAACUUAAAUUACCUAUGCUUCUAAAGCACUGAUAAUACUUUGUUUUUGCUAUUUGAUGUUACAAAAUAAUGUGGUCAUGUCAAGUAAAGGCAAUAUCAAAAAAAAGUCAAUUUCGAAGUCAUUGCUUACGCACGUAGACAUAAUAUGACAACAGUAAUCUAAUAUUGCGUUCUGCAUAGAGGAAGAAGAUGGCCUUAGGCAUUAGAAGUCUUAAUUAAUGCUUAUUACUGAUAAUAUUUAGCUAUAGUAAAUUGUCUGGUGAUAGUGUCAGGCUUGUCUUUUCCCCCCUUCUCUUUCUGGUACUUUUUUUCUUGUUUUAAGGUAAAGUGAUUUGAGCCAGUAGAUUUCAAAAAAUGGAUUGUAUUUUAAUAAAACAAAAUUACUGUUACUCUAAGCUCCUUUCGAAACAAAGAUCAAGUCUUUGAGCAAGAAAUGGUAUCAGGUAGGGAAAUGCGCAAAACAGAAGUUAUGGAGAGAAGUAAUUAUUGCUCCAGCUGAAGGAGUGAGAAACAAAUAAUGAAAGAGAAUUUAAAAUUUUAUGUAAUGAAAUAAAUGCAUGUCCAUUCUUUGCAGCAUUGAAGUGAAAUUUAUAAUGGACAAUGCCACUUUUGACCUGAGGUAAGAACCUUUCCUCUUUGGAUACGGUAAAAUUCUGAAAAUAAGCCCCGGGGCUUAUAUGUUGCAAAGGCCCUCUUUGAGGGGGUUAUUUUUGGAGAGCCUUAUAUUCGGAGGGGCUUACCUGCGAAGGGAAAUUUGCAUUUCCAAAUUGACUGGGCUAGCCUUAUAGUUGGAAGUAAAUUUUAUGUUUUUGCUUUGUUUUACUUUGUUAUGUGAGGGCAAUUUUCCAAGUACAAGCCCCCAGGGGGGCGUAUAUUUGGAGGGGUGAUUUAACGGAGGGUUUUUUGCGUUACCAGUUUGGGGGGCUUACAUUUGGACGGGCUUAUUUUCGGAAUUUUACAGUAUUCAUUACAAUCUAAACCCCUGGAGAAGAAUUCAUGAAAAUUCAAUUCACUGUGAUGCUGAAUUGGAUGUCUGAUCCUAUUCAAUUCCACCAUUAUUUGUUUUGGACAACCUUCACUUUGUCCGUCUGUAGAGUUAGUGGUGGUUUUAGAACCAUUCGUGAACUACUGUUAUCAUUGGUUGGUUAGAAGUUUACUCUCUCAUUAUUCUUCAAAAUAAUAUUAUUGUGAUGAAACAUUGUCACAGUUUACUUUUCAGAGAGUAUAUGUUGUAGUUCAAUUUUAUCCUUGGUUUAAAUUUUCUUUUCGUUUGUUUCAAACUCAUUAUCAUACAUUUCCUUACCCAAAAAAAAAGAAAAUAAAAUUUAAACCAAGGACAAAAUUGAACCACAACAUAAUUAAUUAUACAUUAUGUCUGUAUCUUUUUUCUUUCAUUAGCUUUAAGAAUUGUGAACAAGAAGCUCCCAAAAAUAAUAAUUUUGUUUAUGAACUGCUAACUUGCAUGCAAUUAUGAAUAGUGGACUUCCAAACAGAGUGCUGACUGACUUAAUGCUCAUUCUAGGAUGCACUUUUGCUUUAUUCAUGCACUUAUUGGCUGUGAAACAAAAACAAGUUAUUCUCAGUAGUGGGUCAAAUUGUCGCAUGCACAAAAUGUACUCUAAAGGGGGCAAGGAGGUUCUGUUUCGUUUUGUUUUGUUUUGUUUUUCAAAAGACAUUUUAAAUACAUGCCUCAAUGUGCAGCAGUUCUAAAUUUCUAGAGUGAACAUUGUUGACUUAUUGUUUAUGUUUUCUCCCAAUUUUUUAGCUUUACUUUCCUCACUAAUGGAUCAAGUGGACAAUGGGCAUGCUCUGAUGCCACCUUAGAUGUGAAUGGUAAAUUUGAUGGUGAUGAUGUGAAAGAAACAUUGUCAUUCAACUGUAGUGAUAUUCUGAUGGGUCCAACUAUAUAUUCAUAUAGUUGUGUGAACGUUACAUUAAGCUCAGGGACCAGUUCACUAAUUUUCAGUCAGUUUCAGGUAAGGCUAAUCAGUGUGAUUCUCUUGGGUUGCUUGCUUAAUAAGAGUUGUAGGAGCUCAAAUCUUAUGAUUAAUAUAAUUAUUCACCGAAGUGGAGGUGGCUAGUGGUGGUUAUAUGUACCAAAGCCGCGAAGCGGUGAGAUAAAUAUCAACCACUUGCCACCGACACUUCGGUGAAUAAUUUUAGUAUAUAUACUAAAACAGUGAGAUAAUUGAGCACAAAAAUGAUGAUCUUUAACUCAUUUACUGUUGCCAAUGAUUACAAUUUUGGUGCGCAAUGACCAAACGGCUAUGGUCGUCGCUUUUCUUGCUGACAAAUAAAACUUUUGAAGGCAUUUGUUUAGCUCUUGCGGGGAAAUUUCUUCAAAAGGAGUUGUGAAUUCUUUUUGUGUUUAAAAUCAUUCUGUAAAAAAGAUCAGUAAGUUUAGUUUUAAGCUUAUUUAUGAACAAGUCAACUAAAUAAAGUAACGCAAGACUUAAGCUUAAUUUGCAUUUGUAAACAAAAAACUUUUUCACCAGUUUUAGCUAUAAAUUCAAGUCCAAAAGUCAAAGCUUUACCUGUUAAAACUUCCAAACCGAACUUUGUCACCUUCUUCGUGUACUUCAGGAACAGCUUGUCUGAUUAGUUGUGAAAUUUCUUUGUUUGUUACGGCAGCAAACCGGGAAGGCAUUUUGCUCGCAACUUAAGUGAGUCUCGUGUUGCUCACUUAGAGGAACUGGAGGUGAAUCAGUGAAUAGUGCAGGAUAUUCACUGAUUGAGUAGCCAAUCAGAGCGUGCAAAAAACACUAUCCACUGUUUUAGUAUAUACUAAAUAGAUUUAGCCAGGGCUGAAAGCGAAGCUCCUGUUAAUAUAAUUAUAGUAAAUAUUCAAACAAAAAAUAAAAUAAUUAUUGUGUAAUGCUGAAUGGCAACGGACUUGUAGCACGAUACACAUGUACAUUAGUGGUUGCUCCAAUAUAUUUUCCUAUAUCUUUGCAAGCUAAUGACGGAUUUCGUUUAAACUUUAUACCUUACUUCAACAAGGAUUGUAGUUAAGUGAUAUGUUAAAAAAAUAUCAUUUGGAGGAACCUAGGAAUAAAAAAAUCUUGAAGAUGAAAGAAAAUAGUUACAAAAUCAGCGUGUAACGCGUAACAGCUUUUUCGCAUGAAAUAGUUAAAAAGUAAAAUUUCACCCUUAACACUAUCUCAUCAAGAAAAUUCAACACAGCAGAAAUAUUAAAUAGGAAAAAACGACACCAUACGCAAAAUUACAGUUCUCUUCAUUUAUUUUUGAAAUAACGAGAAUUAUAAUUCUAGGGACGGUUGCCAUUAAAUGCCUGUGUAACGCUCGAGGUCCAACAGCGCUCCAUGCCUUACAAAUAUAAGGCUAGCGACUUCCAAACGCACCUACAAAAGAAGAUAAUUCGUCUGAGUAAAGUUCAUAACAUUGUUUACCAUCAAGUAAGAAAGGUUUUUAAAGAUUACUCACGGCGAUGAAGAAAUAAAGAAUUUUCGUGUUCGGAAACUAAACUGUUGUGUACUUUUGAUGUGUGAAAUUAAAUAUUACUUACCCAAAAGAAAACUUGUAUCUCAGCCUCUAGUUAACAACGGUCGCUGAUACACAGCUGCAACACAGUUCAGUUACUGGUCUUCAAAUCCUGGUUAUGUUUUUAGUCUUCAAUAGGCUUAAAACGAAGAAAUUCUACAAAUGGUGAAUCGGAAACAUAUUUCCAGUUGAAUGCCAUGUUUGUCUAAGCGUUACGAUCGAAUUACCACCACACUCGCAGCAGAAAACUUCCCAAAUGAAACUUGAAUUCAAGCCAUUUUCCAGCCGAAAUCCACAAGAAACAUCGAAGGAGUCCUGUGUAACCUCUCCUUAGUAUCUGGGGGGUGUUUUUAUAACAAAUCAGGGGCAAAAAGCGGGAAAACGUGAGGUAAAAAUAGAGUGGACGUCACGAUUGCGUUACACAAAUACAGAGAUGAAUACCGAGAAGAAAAGCCUUUCAAAUAAAUGUAGAGGGAAUAAAAGAUCAAGAAAAAGAAAGAGGCAGACAAAAAGCGCUUCGAGCUUAAUAAAUUUGUUGUAUUUUAGCGAUAAUAGUCAUGCUAAGCAAGCCAAAAAGUCAGAUGCCACGCCCACAAAGGAUUCUGGGUAAUUUCUAAAAUAAGCUGUAGACAAGAAUUAUACCAUGAAAAUUUUCCAAAAAUGUUUCUUUGAUGUUAAUUACUUAAUAUCUGGCAAGUAAUGAUGGUUUGGGAAUAUUUUACUCAUUUUCAUAAAGGUGCCCUAUGUUACACUGAUGUACAUGUGUAUCGUGCUACAAGUCACGGCAAUGAGUCAGUGGCAAAAAAAUCAAUAGGUCUAAAUAGCAAAAAAAAAAACAACUGUGAAACAACUGCUAUGUGAAACUUCCUAGUUAUAUGUUUUAUGGAGGAAAUGUCAUAUGUGUUCGUGUUCGCUCUUUUUCACUGUCCCUCAUUUUCACCUUGGUGGCCGCCAGCAUUUCUCAUUUUCUCAGUACCGCUCUAAAGUUUCAUGUUUUUGUUUCAUCGAAAUUCAUCUCUUUUGUUUUCAAUCUCUUGCUAAGCGUAGCUCUUUCUCUGCUAUCCUCGCCAGUUUAGACAUAGAAAUUUAGUCAGAAAAAAGACCAGAUUAAAAUGUGAUGCUCCAUAGUGUAGCGGCAUCAGCUCCGGUGUUGGAGAGAUCCAUGAAACUAAGAAAAACUAAGCGACUCACAGGUUCCACAAGGCUGGGGUUUAUUGUGCCAACUUUUACAGUGAUCCCGUUGUAGGACGUGUUGGGGCGAACGCUCUAGUAGGUUCUGAGUUCAACAGUAAUAAAGCUUGAAAUGGUUACCCGUCAAAUUUCUGUGAGCCUUAGAGAAAACUACGCACGUCUAGCAGUAUUUAAGCUAAGGUCAUGUGACGGCUGGCGGAAAAUCAUUGUGACGUAAAAUGCGGUUACAAUAAAGAAAAUGGCUAAAAAUACAACAAAACUAAACUAAGGCACACGGGUGCCGUUACACAUAGCAUUACUAGUUACCGUGAAAUUAUGAAAUUAAGGCCCACAGCCUUUGAUCUGAAGUUCCCUUGGUAUUAGAAUAAAGAACAAGAACUUUCUAAGUGCAGUGCUGACCAGAUGACUUGUGAUAGUUGAGUUUCCAAAUACAUGUGGUAGAACAAUAAAUUAUUUUAGGUCAAGCAAAAUGCACACUUUUCUUAAAUGCUGUCAUUGUUUUAAGACAGAAGAAUCACCUGGACUGACUAGGUUUUUGCCUUUGACAUUAAAAGUCCUUCAUCAUUGUUGUUUGGAAUAAACAAGCUUCAUAAAUUUAUGUCCAUUUUUGUCAGUUGCUCUCCCCUUAUGGUAAUUCUCUUAUCCCGUCAGUUCUCAUACAUGUGUAAAGAUCAUGGAAUCUCCUGAAAUAAAGCUGUGCUGGAUCUAAAACUUGAGAGAAAGUGGACCUGUUCUUGAAAAUAAUUUUUCUUGGCAGGUUGGCUGAACCCUUCCCCUUCCAGCAUACAUAGACAGUCAGGCUUAAGGAUUUUGCUAUUGGGCUAGUGAAUUCUGUUCUUAACUUGUCCAACGGGCCAGUGGAUUCAUUAGGGGCGAUUUAGACUGCGAGCUGUCUCUUUUUCUUCAGAUUUAGUGAGGGGAGCGCAUAAGCUUUUGCUCGAUGGGCCAAGAAAAAAAGGGAGACUGCUUGUAGUCUGAAGAGAAUUCAAAUUACAGAAGAACUUCAAUCAAUCCUGCUCUUCAAAAAGUUUUUCUGGCCAGUGGAAAUGGCUUUUGGGGCUAGCACAUGCCAGCUAUUAUUUAUGCUUGCAAAUGAGAAUUUGAUCUUGACCUUGAGGUUUAAAAGGUUGACAAAAUUUGCUGAAGUGUGCUUUUUGAUUGCAGGUGCAGCCUUUUAAUGUCAAGAAUGGCACCUUUGCAUAUGCAUACGAUUGUACUGGCUUCUUCACCAUCCCAAUUUUCAUGGGUUUGAUUGUUGUGGGAGUUUUGCUUAUCAUUCUUUUUGUUGGCAUUUUAGCCAUGUUCAGCCUGACUACGAUGGACAGAUUUGAUGAUCCUAAGGGUCCAACAAUUCAUGUUCCAACUGGUUAAAUAACAGUGAAUACACAACGUGAAGGCCUUCUCAUUAUUUGUCAUUUGAUAGGAAUUUUCUUAACUUCAAUUAACAGUGUUGUGGCGUAAUUUGUGAUGUUACCAGUUGUGUUUGCACUUGUGUAAUCUUGCAGGCAUUGACAACUGCUGUCAUGUUGCGGCCAGCUGUAAUGAGAAUUUAUACUAAUAAUAGUUAUUAUUAUUCUUGAAGAGCUGCGUGAAAGAUGUCUUCUCAUCUUCUGGUAAUGACUUCUGAUCAGUAGUCAUGUGGACAUUUCUUUCAUGCAACUCUAAGAUCAAUAAUUGCCUUGGAUUGAAAAGCAAAACAAAAAUCAAUGGAGACUUGCGCAUCACAUUCUGAGUCACUGCGACCCUUAUUCUGUGCUCCUUAAGUCAACUGUAGUUGAUUACACUUCACAAAAGCUGAAAGAUGUAGCCAUGUUUAAGACUUAAAUGCUGCAUGCUUGUAAAAAAAAAUCAGUUAUCUGGAUGGUUCCAACAUGCAAGAGAGAAAUAGUCAGUUUAAUUUGUUAUGUUAUUUGAUAGUUAUUGAGAAUGGAAAAGUUCUUUGAGUUCUUUGAAGUACAGAACUGUAUGUCUUGCUUUCCAUUUUAUGAACACUCAUUAAAGAGUAACACAACCAUGACAGACAGAAACUAGGAAGGUUUCAGGAAAAUAUUGAAUUUAGGUUCUAGUAAAUACAUAUUAAAUGUAUCGUAUGACUGAUUUUUAAUAUGUCGUAAUGGUAUUUAAUUUCUCUUUAUUGCAGUCAACCCCUACAGAUUAGCUUUCUUGGCAUUUAAUUUUGUGCCAGGUUGCAAAAUUGAUUUAAUUAUUACAUUUGAAAGAUGGCUUCUCUAUUUGUUGCGGAGAUGAAAAUUUAAAAAAUGGCAGCCAUUUUCUCUGACACACAAAUUUGCCUCAUUUUCACGCAAGCUACUUGCCUCAUAUUAAUGUCAAUGCCAUAUGACAUCACAAACAUUCUUCAUUGUCAAAAUCAUGUGAUGUAUUACACACGUUCUCCGUUGCCUCAAAACCAUGUGACGUCAUUCACAAAUUGGAAUCUUGACCACACUGUGAUUACUACUGGUUAUCAGCCUUCGUAACGGGUGGGAUUAGCGGGUAAUUGCUGUUGCUGUUUGCUUUGCUUAGUGGCUUUUCCAACAAGAAAGUACCCCAGGCAUAACAAUCUCGUCUACUACGCAGGCUACUAGUUAUUGCCUUAGUUGGCUUAAAUCCCCUCAAAAUGGUACCAUAGUUACUGCUGAUUAAAACAAACAUCCUCCACCCUGUUCAUCACAAAAUGUCUUCUUUUCUUAUAGUACAUUUGAGGAGAGUCAUUAUUUGUUUGAGGAUCAAUAUCUUUUUUUGAUUUUCUUUCCUUUAUUUUCAUUACUUUUGUGAGAAGUCAUUCUAAGGAGAAAUUAGAUUCCAAUCGCUGUUGAGGCUUAGGAUAAGCUGACAAAUUGUUUGUGUUGAUUUAAAUCUGUGGGAUAUUAUAAUGAUAGCAAGUUGUUUAAUGAAUUAUUAUAAAGUGCAUUAUUUUUGGAAAUUGUUCAGUUUUUAUCCUAUUACGAAAACUAGUUUUAAGUCCUAACAGGUCAACCCAGUAUAUUUUGAAUCCAAAGAAAUCAAUAUGCCUAAUAAAUUCCUUUACAAGUAGGAGAUUUUCUAUGCUUAUGUUUCAUUUGACUUGUUAGUUGGAUAAGCAAUUUUUGUUACCACUAUUUUGCUGUAGAACUCACCAUCCAGCUGAACAAGUGAAUUGUCUUCGAAAAGUUAGUUGUAUUUAUGAUCUGACGAAGCUAUGAGAGUUAGCAAUUGUUAAGAAAAUUAAUUUACUCCAUCUUUUGAAGACAAUGGUAUUUUAUCCAAUAGCAUGCAGAGUGUACUUAUUCAAAUAAGGGCUGCAAUAAAAAAGGCAUGCAGUGCUU